GGUGAAAAAUUUUGAAUCAAAUUAACACUUAUUUUGAGAAUCCAUAUUCUAGAAUUUUUCAAUACAAUUGAAUAUGAAUCAAUAAUCUUAGAGAUAUAGCAGAUGCUCACAUAACACUUGUUGUUAUGAUAUUGAGAGAACUGGUAGUAAGAGUCAAGGCAAGAUCUUUAUCUAAUUUCAAUACUAUUCUAAUUCGUUUUUGAUUAUUCAUGAUUCUAACCAAAAGCCGUAGAAAAAAAAAUAUCGUAGGAGGAACAGUCGUGAAUUCAGAUUUUUGGAAUCUACGACUAUUGCUCUCACGACGCUAGUUAUUAUUGAGAACUAUGAUCAAUCAAAAACCAAUCUGAAAACUUUUCAGUGCGGUCUCGUAAUGGGUCAAAGUGGUUAAAAUAAUUUAUUUCAAAAAAAUGUCAAAUAGAACAAUAAAUCAAAAUUAUAAAAAUUUUUAUAGUUAAUACACGCGCUCGAAAAUUUUAUCAUUUCGAAUUCCUAUUCUACGAAUUUAUCUGAUUCAUUUAACAUCUUUGUACUGAAAAAAACCUAUUUCGAUUGUCAGCUACAUCGUCAAUACAUAACUUUUUUUCUUCCAAUGAUAAUAAGAUACUAUCAAUAAUUCCAUCGUCCAACUGAUUGAUACGUACAAUAAGAUCAUUUUGCCAUUUACACUGUUGUUGGAUUCUUUUUAAAAUUCUAAACACCAUUUUUUGAAUAACAUUCGGUCGUUUAUAACUAUCGAAAUCAGGAUUUCGUCAUUAGAUAGAGCAAUGUUAGAGACGUCUAUUUGUGUAACAUUUAUUAAGUUCGAAGACGUUUUCCAGGGAUAUUUACAUACAUGUGAACAGGUUUUUUUUUGUUGUCCAUUUCUACAACUUUUCAUAGCAACAUAGGCUCAAAUUAUACCUAAAUGCAAUCCAAACAGUUUUGUAUUCUGUGUAUAAUUGUUCAACUUUUUCAUUUUCACCCCGGAUUCAUGCUUCAAGAGAGGUAUUGUGCAAUUUGGAAAUCUACUGAGUAAUACGGUUCUCUUUGGGCUGAGUUUUGGUGUAAUAUGACUCACGUUUUUAUGAAAAGUUGUAGAAGUAGACAACAAAAAAGUGUUCACAUGCAAAUAGCUCUGGAAAAUAUCUUCAAACUUAAUAAAUUUUACAAAGAUACUGGCCUCAAACAUUGCUCUAUCUAAUGGUGAAAACUCGACUUCGAUAUCCAUAAACAAUGAAAAGUUAUCUAAAAAUGUUGGUUGGCAUUUUUAAAAAACCGGACAAUAGUUAAAUCAAUGGUUAGAAUAAUAAUAAGAAAAAGGAAUACGAAAAUGAAAAGCAACAAGACAAAUAAAAAAUAGAGCGCCAGUGAAAAAACGAAAACAAUUCUUGUUUGAAAUGCAUAAAUAAAUAAGAUCGAUUGUUUCCUAGUUGAUUGAUUAUCCUUGGAAAAUAACAAUAAUCUACUGGAGAUUUUUUACUUAACCUAUGUUGUAUUAGUAUAAUGAAGCUAAUAAUACAUAUCAGUUUCACAUUUUAGCCUCAAAGGAGCUGCGCUGAGGAUAAGUUAUUCCAAUUGGUUUACAAAAUCGAGAUGUGAUUGAUAUUGCGGAAACUGGUUCUGGUAAAACAGCAGGUAAAUUAAUUCUUGUUGACUUGUUUCCUUUUUUUUUUUGAAUCGAUGUUUUUUUGUGUUUAUUUAGCAUUUCUUAUUCCUUUACUUACUUGGAUUUGAUCAUCACCAACAGUUGAUAAGUCAAAUCAUUUUUUAUUAAUGAAAUGAAUGAAAAUUUUAUUUUUGAAGAUUUUUUGAUGCUGAUAACAGAUCAUGUGUACUUAUUUUAGCAUCAACUCGUGAAUCAGCACGACAAAUUGAAGCAGAAGCAAUUAAAUUUGGUAAACUAUUAAAUAUAACAGUCAUCUCGGCUAUUGGUGGUUUAUCUCGUGAAGAACAAGGUUUUGUACAUUGUCUUGGUCGUCAAAUUGUUAUCAGUACAUCAAGUCGUCUUAUUGAUGUACUUGAAAAUCGUUAUUUACCAUUAUAA